AUGCCGGAGACAGAAAUCCCCUACAAAGCCAUCGGGUCGCCGAUCGUCGAGCUGGUUCCCUACGACAACCUCAACUUCAAAACCGUCACCUGGAAAGUUCCCGCCAACGUCACCAGAAAAGGCACAAUUGUGUAUGUGCACGGGUUCUUCGAACACUCGUCCAUCUACACGGAGUUUUUCGACCGUCUCAGCCAGCACGGGUACGAGAUCUUCUUCUUUGACCAGCGUGGAGCAGGCGCCACUUCUCCGGGCAAGUUGGUGGGCAAAACAGACGAGUUCCACACGUUCGACGAUUUGGACUUCAUGCUCCUGCGGAUCUUGGCCGCGCGCGAGAACAAGGCCGAGAAAAUCUUCUUGGCGGGCCACUCCAUGGGCGGUGGUAUUGUUCUCAACUAUGCCAUCCAUGGAAAGUACAGAGACGAUAUCAGAGGCGCCUUUGUGCUGGGCCCGCUUGUGGAGUUGCAUCCAAAAACGCGCCCUAAUGUUGUGGUGAUGAAGCUUCAACCUUUGAUCAAUGCAAUCGCGCCAGGUUUGAAGGUCGACUCCAAGCUCAACUACGACUACAUCACCUCCAACGAGCGCUGGCGGAACUACAUCCGUGCUACGGACAAGAAGUUGAUCGGUACGAUCAGACAGUUUAACGAUAUGUUCAACCGUGGCUGGAAGUUGUUGGAGCCUGCGCAUGUGCGCCAGUUCAGUCCCUCCAUCCCUUUGUUGGUGUUCCAUGGUAAGGAUGAUAACAUCAACCAUAUCGAGGGCACUGAGAAGUUUUUGAAGUUGUUGCCCUCGAGUGUCGAGAGUGAGUUUGUAGCUGUCCCCGAAGCCAGACACUCCGUGUUUCUUGAGAAGGACGAGAUUGUUUCCACUGUCAUCGAUAAGGUUGUGGAGUUUCUUGACAAGCAUUAG